UUUGCAGACUGAAAUCAUCGGUCAGCUUUCUUACUCGACCAGAUCGACCAAAUCUGGCUUAUCAUAGACUAAAAGGCAGGAAUCCAGGGGUUAUUUUCCUUCCAGGCUUCAAUUCAAAUAUGAAUGGUCAGAAGGCAACUGCCCUUGAAGAUUUCUGCAACUCUCUAGGUCAUGCUUUCAUCAGAUUUGAUUAUACAGGAUGUGGAAGUUCACAUGGUAAACUUGAGGAGUGUACGAUUGGGAAGUGGAGAAAAGAUGUUUUGUCUAUACUGGAUGAACUUACAGAUGGACCACAGAUUCUGGUGGGCUCCAGCUUGGGUGGAUGGCUGAUGCUUCAUGCUGCAAUAGCACGCCCAGAUAAAGUAGCUGCUCUAGUUGGAGUAGCUGUAGCAGCAGACCAUCUUGUGACAACUUUUAAGAAGCUUCCCAUCGAGGCACAAAAUGAAAUAGAAGAAAAAGGUGAAUGGAAAUUUCCAACAAAGCACAAUGAGGAAGGGUAUUACUCCUUGAAAUAUGACUUUAUCAGAGAAGCAGAAAAUCACUGUGUGCUAAAUAGUCCUAUUCCGAUAACAUGUCCCAUACGGCUCAUUCAUGGCAUGGAGGAUGGUGAUGUCCCUUGGCAGAUCUCUAUGCAAGUUGCUGAUCGUGUUUUGAGCAAAGAUGUGGAUGUUAUCCUCCGCAAAAUUGGCCAACAUCGGAUGAGUGAGAAGGAGGAUACAAAACUACUUGUGAAUACUGUUGAUGAUUUAAUUGACAAGCUGGCAACGCUAGCAUGAACUGCAGAGUAGCAUAUGUACAUGGACUCUACACCUGACUCUUUUUCCAUGAGUAGCAGAAACCUUGUCCUUAACAAGAUGAUGCCAGGUCUGUGACUAUCACAGUAGGAACUGAGCUUUACCUGCUGUUUCCUUACCUCUGUUUCGUAAAGACAGGUAUUUUAUUAAUGCUGCAUUUGCACAGACAGUCCAAAAUGUGGAGGAGUGCUGCUGUUGUAUUUAGAACCUCUCCUUCACCACUUAAAACCUUUUUUCACAAGCUUCCUACACUUUUGUACCAAAAUGUUGAUUCAUUUUUGUUAUUAUUGGCCUGUAUGGUAAAACUUCAGUUUCCAGUGACUUUGACACCUUUUUGUUAUUGUCCUUUUGCUGUAACAUUCUUGUAUCUUAUGUCUGGAACCAUUUGUGCAAGACAAAAUACAACUUAAGUGUUUACUAAAGUUAUUGUUAUUAGAAAUAGUGAAUAACAGGAAGCACAAUAAACAGAUUUCAGAUAAAUUAUCGUAUUGUCCUUCAGUACUUUUAAAACUGAAAAGUGGAAGGCACACCCUGAUGGUGUGCUUGGGGUACUACAUAAAGAAGAAGUUAACUUCUGAGAACACAGGGCCUCAAAGUGCAGGUGGAGGAUCAGUGGGGUUUAUGUCCUCUUUUCCAGGCUCUCUUGUAAUAGUUAAUUUGUGGGUCUACUAUUAAGGGAGCAAUAUAUAAUCUUGGUGGAAACUGAAACUGAACUGAAACAGGGACUCUUUUAUAGUGACCUCUUUAAAGUGGGGGGUGCAGGACCAUAGGGCAUCGCUGCCUCUUUUUUACGACUUGAGAACUGUAGGUUAUUAGAAAUAGUGUCUCCCAGAGUUAGGAAUUUGAGGUGCACAAUUGCAAGCCUGAAAACCUGUAACUGAAACUUGAUAGUUGGAUAAUUCUUGUAAUGUAAAUCUUCAGAAUUUAAUAGUAAAUAGAUUUAAUUGCAAAUGUGACUGUUACCUGUUUUUUUUUUUAGUCCAGAAAUAUGGUACCAUUCAUAACUUGAGAGGAACUUACUUAGGUGAGAGGCUGUAAUUAGUUCAGGCUGGCCUUAAUAUGAAGCAUCAGUCAAAAGUAUAUGGUUGUUUCUGGCUUUAGUAUUUUAAGUAGUAAAUGGCAUCACUAUUGCUACCUUAAAAGACUAAAGCUCCUGGGGGAAAGGGAUUUCUCGAGGGUUUGUUGUUUUCAGUGUUAAUAUUGUCAGUAGAAAGAAGUACAUUGUAAGUAGAAGUAUGUUGUAUGGAGCUUUGUUGAGGUAAUGUUUUUUAUUUAGCAAAAAAGCCAAACAACUAAAAAAACCAACACCAACAAUAAAACAAAAAGCCCUAAAUUUCUGAUGAGUUCCUGUGAAGUAUUACUACCUUCUUAUUUAGGCUUCAGUACUGCAAAA